AUGCCUAAUGGGAGCCUUGAGAAGUGGUUGUACUCUCAAAAUCAAAACUCUCCUUUGAAUAUCCUACAAAGGUUGAAUAUAAUGACAGAUGUUGCAUCCGCAUUGGAAUACCUUCAUCAUGAUCGUGGUCCGAAUCAUGUGGUCCAUUGUGAUGUGAAGCCAUGCAACAUACUACUUGAUGAUGAUAUGGUUGCACAUUUUGCUGAUUUUGGCGUUGCAAGACUCUUAGGUGAAGGAGAUUCUAUGAACCAAACCAUGACCCUUGCCACAAUUGGGUAUAUGGCUCCAGACGUUCACAAGAAGGAAGCCACUGAUGAAAUGUUUGUUGGGGAGAUGAAUUUAAAGCAAUGGAUUGCAAAUUCAUUGCUUCUGGAUGCUGCAAUUGUUGAAGUUGUUGAUGCCGAUUUACUUGGGACAGAGGAACAUGGUGAUUUUGUGAGCAGGAGGGAUUGCUUUUCAUCCAUUAUGAGAUUAGCUCUAGCUUGUUGUGCACAAUUGCCGAAAGAGAGGAUUAACAUGCAAGAAGCUCUAGUCACACUCAAUAAAAUCAAGAUUAAGUUUAUGCAAACAUUCUGCAUAAAGUCAACUCUCUGGCUGCUAGAAGACAUAAAUUGUUUAUGA